CUGAGCUUGCAUCCAGAUUGAAGAAUGAGCCAGAUAGAGCUUCAGAUGUCAAUGACGUUCGGUGAUCCUUCCAAUCUUUCAACCUAGGGGUGGCAGGAAGACCGGAACUCAGUUUAGCUCCAGAACAGAGAAUCAUAGUUCAGUUGGCUAAGCUAACUGCCUCGACAACAUGGCCUCUCGACGCUGUGGCACCGCCGCACUUUGGUGCGCAUCAAGAGUGGCUCUCCGCAGCCCUACGACCAGAUUACCGUUGCACGUACAAGCAAGAGACCUCCUUUCAAGACAGCCUGCCCGAGCAGUCAAAUACCCGAGCGCACUGCGAUACUCGACAGCGUCAAGCACAUCCACAGAAGCUACAAACCAGCCCAAUACCACCCUCCCAGAGAAACCCGAUUACCUCAAUGAUGCAGAGUCAGCUAUUUGGGACAAGCUAGCAGCGAAAUUCUCGCCCACCGAGCUGAUGGUUCAAGAUAUCUCAGGCGGUUGUGGCUCUAUGUACGGAAUCGAAAUCACGUCAGAGAAGUUCCGCGGGGUAAACAUGCUAAAACAACAACGCAUGGUCAACGCAGUGCUGGGCGAUGAAAUGAAGAGCUGGCAUGGCGUCCAGCUACGCACAAAGGCUCCAUGAAAGCUAUAUUGUGUAUAAAAGAAGUCAAGAUGGCUCCGUUCAUGUCUAGUAGUCCGAGAGGCCAUUUGUGCAAAAGAGACUACUUGUAUUCACCACUCCACCACAAUUUAUCUUGUACAUCACAUGCAGCACAGCUUGCCUUCAACAAAGCCCCUCUGAGACAUAUGCUUAAGACAACAAUACGAAAGGGGAGCAAGAUGGGAAUGAAGAUGGGAAUAAAAGGAUUGCGUCUCAAGGUCCCGGGAUGUUACCCUUGCAAUCUGUACAUCAUCACAGGCAGCUGCAGCUCCUAUUGUACAACAAUGUAUACAAGACCAGAAUGAUGAGCUCGGGCUUAGGGCUCCAAAACAUUAGAGGGGCGUCUCAGGGCUUCACUGAGCUUCAGUAUUGAUCUCAGAUCAUUGCCAAAGGCAGAGAACCAUGCUAGAGUCACCGCUCACAUGAGCCGUGUUAGUCUAGGCCGGUAUCAAAUGUGCCGAAGCCCGCAGUCACCCGGGCUUUGUAUGGAAUUGGUUCUGCGAAGAAACGCUUCUCAGCUAGUGUAGUAACAAAUAACAAUCUACAUGUCCCAUGCGAGUGUCCAAUUCCUUG